AUGUCCAUGGGCAAGGAUAUGGAUGUCUUUUUUGGAGAGGUGGCCUUGUUUGCAUCUGCUGAAGACUUUGACUUGAGGAAAAGUGAUGCUGAAAGCCGUAGCGUCAGCCGGAAAAUUGAUAUCGUUUGGUCAACGAAGCCACCUGGAAUUUGCGAUCGGCGAAAUUAG